AUAUGUGACAUCUGCGCGUGCGCACAAGUCAGCUUCCGGUGUUUUGCUUAACAGGUGUAUUUUAUGUACAAGUAUAUGUGUUUUGAUCAAAUUGCUUCUGGUUAUAGGUUGAAACUUAAGAUAAAUUGCAGUUAAUUUGUGAAAGGGUUACCAAGGAAAGUGACAGGAGUGGACACUAGUUGCUAGGCAGACAGGUCGUGACAUUUAUAUACGGGACAAACAAGCGUCCAUACAGCACUGUAAAUGACGGACUCGGUCAAACCCACGGAGGACCCUAACUUUAAGGGAGGGGUCAUGAGUCCCAACUCAAAACGGACAUUCGCAGAGAUGAGACAGACGCCGGUGGUAGCCACACAGAAGAUUAUCCUGGACGAGGACAUGUUUGAGAGCUCCUUCCUGCGCUGCAUGGUGUGUCGCGAGCGCUACAACAUGACAGACCGCUUGCCGCGACUCUUUCCUUGCCACCACGCGUUUUGUCAGGCGUGCAUCCUCACCUUUUAUCACCAGGAGACAGAGUACCGCCAGAGCAUGGCGCUCGUGCCAUCCAGCAACAAGACGUACGCCGUAUCCAUCUCGUGCCCAAAUUGCAAGGCAAACUUUAUCACGACGGAGAACGGUAUCCGAGAGCUUACCACGGACCACAGGAUCGUACAGCUAUUGGACUUUGUGGGAAGCACGGACAGACAGACCGUCACCUACUGCACCACACAUGCCAUGCAGCCCGUGAACUUUUUUUGUGAGAAAUGUGCCACACCUAUAUGUAAGGACUGUACGGUACUGGACCAUAAGACGUGUUCACAAGAAAAGCUAGUUGUGGAUAUCAGUGCAGCAUCGCAGAAAUACAGACCGGUUAUCGAGGAAGGCAAGAACAAUCUUACAGGAGAAAUACAGACUCUUGAUGAGCGUAAAGCUGAGUGUGAAAAGUCCCUUGAAGGAUGCAGCCAAGGUGACGACACACUAAGUAAGCAAAUUAAAGAGACGUUUGCUAAAAUAAGAGCUGCGAUUGACAAACGAGAACAAGAAUUGUUAGAGAUGGCACAAUCAGGUCAGGGCAAUAGCUACACUGUAGUUGAGGAAAAGAUUAAGAAGCUUGCUGAUAAAAAAGACGAAGCUAUGAAGAUUUUGGAAGACAUAGACCGGGCGACCGCGACAGGAACAAUACAAGACUUGUUCCAAGUGUACCGACAAAUCCGUAGUUACCAGAGCGAACCAAGUCUGCAGGUGGACGAUACGGAAAAGAAAGACAACUCAGAAUCGUCAUUCCAAGCCCGCGAUGAGACCACUCUGCUCGCGCGUAUAGGUAAUUUCGGCAACAUCCAGACACAACCCAACGGCGUUGCUUCCGGUUCCUACUCCGGGUCGAGCUACUCGAGUGGUAGUAGUUACCUGGGCAGCUCCAGGUACGGCAGCUACUCCAGCACUCCCUAUUCCAGUAGAUACACGCCCUCCACAAGAUCUUAUAAGUACUGACGCACACACGUGCACUCGUUUGCCAGUCUUCUGGGCACCGUUGUCUCUACUGAAUGUACACUUACUGUACUACCGUUACCGCUCUCUGAUCUACGAAACCCUUUUCUGAGUUUGCAUAAUAUUUUAUUGCACUAUAAACGCGCAAACUAUUAUUCAGUUACGUUAUUUUGAAUACACACCAUGUUGUAACCUUAACAUAAUUAUGUGCUUAACGGUUGUCUGUACAAUAAAGAUUACUAGUGUC